AUGGCUACCCGAGUAGAUGAAAAUGCUGUUGGGGGUGCUCAGGGAGGCAAACCACCCCGAAGAUACAUCAUAUCAUCAACCACUCAAAAAACUAUCAUAGAAGAAUACCGAGUCAACCCUCGUUAUCUCAAACCUUCAACUGGUUCUUGUCAUGAUUCCUGUAAAAAUGCUACAGAUGAAUGGAUGGAAUACAAAAAUACAAGAAAUUUGGGUCCAAAAAGAAUAUACGCUAUGACAACUUCUCGUUAUCUCACACCCUCAACUGGUUCUUGUCAUGAUUUGUGUAAACAUGGUAAGAAAGAUGAAAAGAUGGAAUUAAGAACUACAAGAACAUUGGCUUCAAGAAAAAGAUCAGUCACUAAGAAUAAUGGAGUCAAAAGGACUGUAGUUUCUGUCGAGAGAAAGAAGAUAACAGAAAUAAAACCUAAAUCUUCUCGAGCUCCCAAAAUUCGUGCUCCUGCUGUACCUGUUAAAGCCGUCAAGCUCCAUAACUCGCUACCUUCUAAAAAAGUUAUUAAGCCAAUUUCAGCGAACCAUUCUUCAUCUACCCUUAAAAAUAAAAAAGCUACUAAGAUUAGCCCCAAAAAGAGCAAUAAACAUGCGUCUCCUCGAAAGGAUCAAACUGUGAUAACAAAAACGCAGCUCAGGCUGAUGAUUGCAGAUAAGAUGCAGGAAAUGAUCUUACAAGAAGCUGAGGCUGCAGAAAUGGGCGUUGAAGAAGAAACGAUCGAGUCUCCUGAAACCCUAACUACAACAGAAUCAACCGUCCUUCAAAAUUCCGAAGAGGUUUUGGAUGAAGAACAGGUUGAAAACUCAGAGUCAUCAUCUGGAAACGGUGAAUCUUCUUCCAACGAACAGGUUGAAAACUCAGAGUCUGUGGAUGAUGAAGUUUGUGAUGAAGAACUUCUGCUAGAAGAAGAGUUUGAAUACGAUGAAGAAGGUUAUAUCUUGGAAGAAGAAGAAGGAGAUGAUGACGAUGAUUAUGAUGAUGAUGAGAAGAAAGCAAGAAGAUAUAGGGUGGUGAGAUCCGAAGGAAAAGAUGGUCAUCGGGGUGUGAAGUUCAGGAGAGGGAAAGUGUUGGAAGUCGACGGGGAUGAUGGUUUUCGGAGGCUGAAAUUUAAGGCGGGAACGGUGGUGGAGAGCGAUGAAGAGGAAGAAUCGGAGAAAGUGAAUUUGAAGCACCAAGAAGUGGGGAGGAAAGAAGCGCAGGAGUUGCUUAAUAGUGUGAUAGAGGAAACAGCGAGUAAGCUUGUGGAGGACAUGAAGACGAAGGUGGGGGCGUUGGUGGGUGCUUUUGAAACUGUGAUAUCUCGUCAAGAUGAGGCACCUGCAACUCCCUCUGAGAAAUGA